UUUUGGCACAAAUUUGGCUAUGGAUUGGAAUUUUUUUUGGCCUCGCACUUGAACUUGUCACACGCACGCAAACGUUGGCUAAACUUUUACAUAACAAUGAAAAGAUGACAAAGUAGUUUCGUUUAAAAUCUUAAGCAAAUUAACUUUCGGUGCUAACUAAAUUUACUGUACUUUAACCAUUGCGUGCGGCGCGUAACUAUUACUAAAUUUGGGUGUAACAUGUUGAAAACGGUAUGCGUGAAUACGCGUUUAAAGCUUUGGACUGAGUGUGAACAAUUGUUGCUAGCACAGCAGCCACAAUGCCACUCACAAGUACGAUAUAUAAGUCCCCUGUCUAUUUAUGAUAGACGCGUUGCCAACAAUGAAUUGUUACCGGAUAAGGAGCAAAAGACAACAACGGAGCGUUUGGAAGCACUUUACAACAGUGUCCAGAAUUAUAAACCAAUUAGUAAAAGUGGUGGUGACGGGGGAGGUUUCUUUAGUUCUCUAUUUAAAGGUGGCAAAAAUAAAAAUGGCGUUGAGCUAAAUGUCGGUUCCGAAGUUCCACAAGGACUAUAUAUUUUCGGAAGUGUUGGCGGCGGAAAAACUACACUCAUGGAUAUGUUUUUUGAUGCUUGUACAGAUAUUCAACAAAAGCAGAGAGUCCAUUUCAAUUCAUUCAUGACGGACGUACACAAACGCAUACACGCAACUAAACAGCAACGAGGUCCAAGUGAUAGGGCAUUUAACACUGAAAAUCCAACACCAUAUGACCCAACACGGCCAGUAGCAGACCAAAUAUUAUCUGAAUCAUGGCUUAUUUGUUUCGAUGAAUUCCAAGUAACUGAUAUAGCAGACGCUAUGAUACUAAAACGCUUAUUCACGCACCUUUUCAACGACGGUCUUGUUAUGGUGGCGACAAGUAAUCGUCAUCCCCAAGAAUUGUACAAAAAUGGAUUACAACGCAGUAAUUUUCUCCCCUUCAUCGAUAUAUUACAACUUCGUUGUAAAGUUAGCGAACUUAAUAGUGGCAUUGACUACCGCCGCAUUGCGCAAUCGGGUGAUACAAAUUAUUUCGUCAAGUCAAAGACAGAUGCUAACUCCGAAAUGGAACGUAUGUUUAAAAUUCUAUGUACUCAGGAAAACGAUAUUGUGCGUCCGCGUACCAUAACACAUUUUGGACGAGAUCUGACUUUCCAGAAAACUUGCGGCCGUGUUUUGGACAGCACUUUUGAAGAGCUUUGUGAUCGUCCACUGGCGGGUAGUGAUUAUCUACAAAUUGCACAACUUUUCCAUACAGUGCUGAUACGAGAUGUGCCUAAAAUGAAUUUAUUCAUAAAAUCUCAAAUGCGACGAUUUAUUACACUCAUCGAUACGCUUUACGAUAAUCGCGUAAGGGUGGUUAUCUCUGCCGAAACGCCACUUGAUAGACUUUUUGACAUCACAGACAAGCCCACCGGACUGGCGGACUCUGAGCGAACGUUGAUGGAUGAUUUAAACAUUAAACAUGGUUCUAAUGAAGCAGCGGCUAACUAUUUCACUGGGGACGAAGAAGCAUUCGCUUUCGACCGAACAAUUUCCCGUUUAUUUGAAAUGCAAAAGAAGGAAUAUUGGGAACAAUGGGCUAAGCACCGUUAAAAGUUUUGUUUAUAGCUCGCGGAACAUGCUUUUUGAAAAAUGUUUUACAAAUAUACAAAUAUACAUAAAAUACUUUGAGUAUUAUCAAAGAUAUCUUAGGGCUUAAAUUAUUAUUAUGUUAAGCAAAUUUUAUUAUUAGUAUUAUGCAGUAAAAUGUUUAAUAACUAGUUAUAAACUAGACAGUGUAUACUAAUCAUGGAAAUCAUACCAAUGUUGAAGGUAAUAAAAGCAAUACGAUAAGUGUUUUACAAACAUCGAGCAUAAAA